CCACUAGUUUGUCAAUUUAUAAGUCAUUUUUAUAUAUAUUGUUUUAUUUUUCAUGUGAGAUUUACCUCUUUUUGUAGAACGUUGAGAAUGUCCUUGCCUUGGGUUGAGCUCCAUUGACGCUAGGAAUCACAGAAUACAUGUUGGCACAAGAAUCUAGAAACUAUACGUAUUGCCCACAUUUUUCUAAGAAGGACUAGGCAGUCUCUUUAAGCUUAGAGAUUACCCUCCGCAGAUUAUUUCUAUCCGGCUAUCAAACUAUCAACGAUGGCUAAGAGAAGCAAUCAAGAUAAUGAGAAUAGAGACGAUAUGAACAAUGAAGAAGGAAAAAAUAUCGAAUUAGCCGAUAGUCAUAGUGACGCUACAACAUUUUAUAGUUCAGACACUGAAGAUUAUACACGCAAACCUCAUGUACCUCAGAAGAAGUCUGGUCGAAAACUUCCAAAACAUUUAGCUCCUAUUAAAGAAAAACUGUCCACAGCUAAGGUGACUGCCUAUUCAUCUACUGAUAAGCAUAUAACGUUGGCGCAGGAUGUUGAAUCUAAAUAUAACACGAACGUCGGUGAUCAAGAAGAAAAAAAGGAUGUUAACGUUAAAGCUGCAGAAAGUACGACGUCUGCUAGAUCAGACGUGACCUUGUUGUCUGAAGACAUCAACAAGAGAUCAAGAGUCUAAAUGGCUAGUCGUAGAUUGUAGGGACCUAUUGAGUCGAAUAUCAGAUCACAGAAAAAAAAGGUUGUAUGAUGUAGUGGCGAGAGGAGCGCCUACAGUUCGAGUAUCAGCAUCAAGGUUAGAGGAAGUAAAGUUCAAGAAACCAUUACUGAGGAAGCUAAAGAAACUUUUACAUAUUCGACCAAUUAUGACCGACUUAGAAUUCAACGAUUUAACAGAACGACUCUACAAAUGUUGCCUGAAAAGCAUCAAAGACUUACAUGAACUACAUUUAAGAAGACAUAUUGGUUUAGAAAUCCUAGAAGACUUGAGUAUGAGAGGAAACAGAACCUUUCUGACAUUUAGUCAUGUAAUUCAUAUCACGUGGUCAAUAAUGAGCUGCAUGCACCACUUUCAGUUGAGGCUUAAAUCAGGAGCAUUGCCUAUUAUAUUUUGGAUAAGAAAGAAACAAUACGAGCGUUGCAUGCAAUUGUUCGACAGAUUUGUGAGGCAACUUGACAACGAUCUCCAAAGAGUAGUCCUCAAUUCAAUUAUUAUUUUUUAUAAAGAGGGAAAAUUGUGGGAAGUAGAAUUUGCGUGUAAAGAUAUGUUUAUCAUAAUCAUGGAAGUGCACCAGCAUCCGGAAGAGUGCAUUGAAGAUAUGCUACAUACAAUAGAAACAGCAACAUGUUACAACAUGUACGAAGCAAAACAGUUAACACAAGUACUGUUCGACAUACUGAAAACGGUGAAAUGGCGUAAAAUGUCGAAACAUCUGAUGAAAAAGUUUUUGUCCAUGUAUAAAUGCAGCAUUCUUGCUAAACCGGAAGAUCCUUUUAAUUAUGGGCCUUUGAAAAUGGGUUUGGAUCUCUGCCUGAUGAACAUCAUCACCAACUUCAGAAAAAAGGAGCUCAUACAAAUGUUUUCGCUAUUAACAUCGAGACUCUCAUCUCUUCAAAAUGAGGAAGACGUCAUCUUCAAUCUCGGAAAUUUGGCAAGUUAUACCGCCAGGAAGUUCAGGCUUAAGACAAACAGACCGUUCAGUCCACGAGGGAUCACGCCGUAUUUGAUCCAGCUGCUCGAAGUCGGAAAACCAAACAAGCUCUUCUUUAUGGCUAUGAGGAUUUGGUUACAUUUGUUGGAUACACAUGAAAUAUCUCAGAAAAGGCUCACGGCUAGAAUCUAUUUCCAAAACUGCAAUUAUGACAUACCUAGGUUGAAAUGCCAUAAAGGAGAUAAGCAAUAUUUCAAAUCGUUGCGACAAUUUUUCUACCAUAUCGCUAUAAUCGCCUGUACAUACGCUCGUGACAGGAGAUCACUUGAAGAGUGUCACAAACAGAUAGCUUUGAUAAUGAUCCAGGUGCCAACAGGGUAUACUGCUUCCUGUUACAUCGCUGUCGCUAUGGCUCUCCAAGAUUAUGGCUUCCAAGUCACCCAGGAGGACUUAGUCCGAUCUCACCAUAUGCACGCUUUUGUAAUCUCGAUUUUGACUUUCGUUUGCCACAUAUUUGCCGCACCGACACUGUACAGCUACGUCCACACUAUCGUCGACAGUCGAUCGGAAUGGGCACCCCACCUGAAUCCGCCUUUAAAAGCGGAAUACCACUAUGCCCAACAUCAUGUGCUCUGGAACAAGCCGGAAUUGUUCUUCGAAGACUGGGAAGUGCGAUUCGGACUAUGGAAGUGCUUCAGGGCUCAGAAAAUAAAAAAGCAGAAAGAAGGGGAAUCUGUACCAAAAUCUAAAUGGAAAAAAUAUAAAAAGUGA